AUGGCUUCCUCGGAGGUGUUUGAGUGGCAUCCGGCGAGGUAUCUUCAAACCAGUGAGCCGGUAGAUGACUUUGCUUUGCUUGUGCUCAAUCAGCCGUUGAAGAACGGCAUCAACUUGCGAAAAUUAUGGAAAAACUCUUCGGUGAGGGUGGCCGCCGACGGCGGUGCCAACCGCUUAUAUGAGCUUUCUUCCUUCCAAGGCAAAUUUUCCAACCUCCAAGCCAUCAUCGGCGACCUGGACUCGUUGACGCCUACCGUCCGGGACUUUUACUCGUCACAGCCUCAGCCUGCGCAGGUCAUCCACGACCGUGACCAGGAGAGCAGCGACUUCGGCAAGGCCAUCAAAUGGAUCCGCGACUCGUACAAGAUGGACAUCAUCGCCCUCGGCGGCAUCGGCGGCCGCGUCGACCAGGGCAUCAGCCAGCUGCACCACCUGUACCUCUUUCAGUCCGGCGCGGGCUACGACGAGGGCCGCAUCUUCCUGCUGUCCGGGUCCAGCCUGACGUUCCUGCUCAAGGCGGGCCAGCACCACAUCCACGUCCGCGAGGAGGGCGAGGCGGACGUCUUUGCCAAGGCCGUCGGCAUCAUCCCCCUGCGCGAGCCGAGCCGCAUCACCACAAAGGGCCUCGAGUGGGACGUCACCGACUGGCUGAGCCAGAUUGGCGGUAAGCUCAGCACGAGCAACUACAUCCUGCCUACUACCAGGUGCAUCGAGAUUGAAACGACAAAAGAUGUGCUCUUUACCGUGUCCCUCCGAAAUGUUGAUAAUGAGGACGAUGGUUGA